AUGGGCCAACUCGGUGGUCCGUCCACUUCGGCCGAGAUCGGGCAGGUUGGUCAAAAAUUUGCGCAAUUGCAUAAUGAAAAUGCGUCUUCUGCGCCCUGUACUCCCUCUGAAAUGACAAAACUCACGAUGUCGACCACGACCACAGUGGAGCUGGUCAACGCACCAGCAACACCACUGCCACAACUCUCAGCUUCCACAUCAACAUUAUCGCAGUCGCUGGACCCGACUACUGUUUUCCCCGAGAAUGGUCAAAAUGGCGACCUUUCAAAGGGUAAAACCAUGGUUGUCAUCUCCUCAGUGACCUGUAUUACAGGCAUUAGCUCCCUUCUGGCCGGCAUAGUUACUGUCUGCAUUCCGGCCAUGGCUCGAGAUGUUCAUCUUGAUGGCAACCUUCUCUUAUGGCCUGCCUCUGUUUACGCCCUGACCUGCGGAUGCACACUCCUGCUGUCUGGCGCCAUGGCCGAUCUCUACGGUGCUCGAACACUAUAUCUUUUGGGAUGUUUCUUGCAAUCGGUCUUCACCCUUGCCUGUGGGCUGGCGAACACGGGGAUCCAGCUCAUCAUGUUCCGUGCCUUUGCCGGAAUUGCCAUCUCCAUGUGCCUCCCAUCCGCCGUUAGUAUCAUAACGCACGCGUUCCCCACGGGCAAGAGAAGAAACAUUGCCUUUGCAUCAAUGGGCGGAGGCCAACCAAUUGGGUUCUCUGUUGGCCUCAGUGUUGGUGGUGUGUUCACAGAUACGAUUGGCUGGAGAUGGGGAUUCCACAUCGCCGCAAUCAUCAACACAAUCAUCUUCAUUAUUGCGCUGAAGUGGUUGCCUGGCAUCGGCAAGAGAGAUCCGGUCACUUGGCACAGGUUCAGGACCGAGGUUGACUGGGUUGGAGCAUUCCUAGCCAGUGCCUUCCUCUCAAUGGUCUCUUAUGUGCUUGCCACUCAGGAUAUCAAGAAACCAGAGAAUAUCGCGCUGCUCGCUAUCUCUGCCGUGCUAAUCGGCGGGUUCGUUGCCCGGGUAGAAAGACAAGAGCGCUUGGGUAAGCCAGCCAUAAUUCCAAACUCACUCUGGAAGAACCGCAGCUUCACUUGCAUCUGCAUCAGUGUCUUCAUGGUAUGGGGUGCCUUCAACGCGACCGAGCAGCUCAGCUCGUUUUACUUCCAAUACGUACAGCGGCUCACCGCAAUCGACACAUCGGUGCGCUUCUUGCCGGCUCCCGUGGGCGGAGUCCUGGCCAACAUCGUCGCCGGUCUCGUGGUCCACCGCGUCCGGGCAGACCUGGCGAUUUUCAUCGCCGUCGCCCUGGCGUGCUUGUCGCCGCUAUUGAUGGCGAUCGCUGACCCCGCGUGGUCUUAUUGGAUCUGCGUCUUCUGGGCAAUGUUUAUGAACGCUAUUGGUGCUGACACGUUAUUCACAAUCUCUAAUCUGCUGAUCACAUCGCUGUUUCCGGCCAAGAAGCAGGCCGUGGCCGGAGGAGUAUACAACGCCAUAGCCCAAAUCGGUAAAAGCGUAGGGCUGGCUUCAUCGGGCGCCAUUGCGAGUGCCGUGACUGCCCGGUCGAACCUCGCCGACAAGGAGAGCCCGAUGGCGUUGUUGGAGGGUUACCGGGCGUCGUUUUGGUACUGCUUUGCGCUUUACGGCGCAACCUUGUUUGUGACGGUUUGGGGACUCAGAAAGAUCGGCAAACUGCAAAGUGACGUCUACUUGGGGGCGACGGACUCGCACGACAGAAACGAUAAGCAUCUUCUCGAAGUAAGGGGGAAAUUUCUUGUCUUUAUCAAUCAACAAUCCACAACUUGCAAACUCCGACACAAAAUAUCCACUCGCCCUGCCCGGCGUAAAUCUCCCGUACGUCUGCCGGUGGCCCCAUCCCGAUGUGACGCCAGAUUUACGAGCAACGCAGAGAUGUACGAGACAAAACGGGGCCAAACUGGGAGCCACCAUGAUGCAAUCGGAAAACAGCAGAGCGUCUCGACCACAGUUAGCCCAUGGCCGCAGCAUGGCUCUUGCACCCAAGCUAGAAGAGUUAUCGAGCCCCUCGGGUCACUCCAAGUCCCCGAGUCGGGGACGGACUGUGAUGGCAGACAACAGCCCGCCCGCUCCGCCAUCCAUGCUGGUGGGAACUCGGAAAGCCCAACAUGCACUCCGGGUGACCUCAUAGCCACCGGCCGGCCGGUCGGCGGGAGCACUGCGAACUCCGCACCAACUGGUCUCGGCCGUCUGCUAGAGUCGCGCAACAAACUCAGAGCCCAGCUGGCUUGGCGGGAUCACGGCUCUAGCUCGGUGGCCCCGGGAGUCAUCCGAAACCCAUACAUCCCAAUUUCGCUUUUAGUCUUCAUCGAAUAUUCCAUACAGUCUGUGAGCAUCUUACACAUUUCAACAUACUUUAGCAAACACUCUAGCACCAUCACCAAUUGGCUAACAGCAACCCGAGGCAGCUACGGCACAACUACCUCUUCAGUCACAAUGAACGGAGAACAACGAACAUCAUCCGAGCAGCCCACUGGCGGCUUUGCUCCCAUCAACACGGGAAAGAAUGGCGAUUCCUCCGAUGAAGAAUAUGGAGACAUUGCCAGCCCUACGAGAGAUACCCACCGCGAUACGAUGAUGAUCGAUGAGGAGGAUAGGAGGGAACUUCAGAGAAUCGCAACAAACCUUUCGCGGCAUCAAAGUUUGGCCAGCAAUGGCCGUCCUCUUUCGACACAUAUCUCUUACGGCCAAGACGAUCCCGCCUUGGACCCUGCAAGCAAGUCUUUUGAUCUUUCAAAAUGGCUCCAGGCUUUCAUGCGAGCCAUGCAGAAUGAGGGUAUCACCCUCAAGCAUGCUGGUGUCGCCUACAAGGAUCUCAACGUUUCUGGUACUGGCGCUGCUUUGCAGCUGCAACAGACCGUUGGUGACUUCCUUCAAGCACCUCUCAGAAUCGGCGAGCACAUUAGCUUCGGAAAGAAGGAGCCUAAGAGGAUUCUCAACAGCUUCGAUGGCCUGCUCAAGAGCGGCGAGCUUUUGAUCGUUCUUGGUCGCCCUGGUUCUGGAUGCAGUACACUCCUGAAGACGAUGACUGGUGAACUCCAGGGUCUGAGCAUUGGAGACGAGUCGGUCAUCCACUACAACGGCAUUCCACAAAAGAAGAUGAUGAAGGAGUUUAAGGGAGAAACCGUUUACAAUCAGGAGGUUGACAAACAUUUCCCCCAUCUUACCGUCGGUCAAACACUCGAAUUUGCCGGCGCAGUUCGCACACCAUCCAACAGACCCUUGGGUCUUAGUCGCGAGGAGGCUCACAAGAGAGGAGCCCAGGUUGUUAUGGCAGUCUGUGGUCUCAGCCACACCUACAACACCAAGGUCGGAAACGACUUCGUUCGUGGCGUCUCUGGCGGAGAGAGAAAGCGUGUCUCCAUCGCUGAGAUGAUGCUUGCUGGCUCUCCCAUGUGCGCAUGGGAUAACAGUACUCGUGGCUUGGAUUCCGCGACCGCUCUGAAGUUCGUUCAGUCGCUGCGCCUUGCCUCCGACUUCACCGGCAGUGCCAACGCUGUUGCCAUCUACCAAGCCAGUCAGGCCAUCUAUGACCUCUUCGAUAAGGCUGUCGUUCUUUACGAAGGUCGCCAGAUCUUCUUCGGCCCUGCCACUGCUGCUAAGUCCUACUUCGAGCGCAUGGGUUGGGAAUGCCCCCAGCGUCAGACCACGGGAGACUUCUUGACCUCGGUCACCAACCCCAUCGAGCGCAAGGCUCGUCCGGGCAUGGAGAACCAGGUUCCCAGAACCCCCGAGGACUUUGAGGCAUACUGGCGUGCAUCUCCCGAGUACCAAGCUCUCCGCCAGGAGAUCGAGCAGCACACCGACGAGAACCCGAUUGAUCCCCACGGUCAUGCUCUCACUGAGCUUCGCCAGCAGAAGAACGACAGACAGGCGAAGCAUGUUCGCCCCAAGUCUCCUUACCUCAUCAGUUUGGCGAUGCAAGUGCGACUUACCACGAAGCGCGCUUAUCAGCGUAUUUGGAACGAUAUCUCGGCUACAGCUACAGCGGCUGUUCUCAACAUCAUCUUGGCUCUCAUCAUCGGUUCGGUCUUCUACGGCACUCCUGACGCUACCUCAGGUUUCUACUCCAAGGGUUCGGUCUUGUUCCAGGCUAUUCUCAUGAACGCUCUCACUGCUAUUUCCGAAAUCAACAGUUUAUACGAUCAGCGGCCCAUUGUCGAAAAGCAUGCUUCCUACGCCUUCUAUCAUCCAUCAGCUGAAGCCAUCGCCGGUAUCGUCGCAGAUAUCCCGAUCAAGUUCGUCACGGCAACCUGUUUCAACCUCAUCUUGUACUUCCUCGCUGGUCUUCGUCGGGAACCCGGUCAAUUCUUCCUGUACUUCUUGAUCACCUAUAUCUCCACCUUCGUCAUGAGCGCCGUCUUCAGAACUAUGGCAGCCAUCACUAAGACUAUUUCUCAGGCUAUGAUGUUGGCUGGUGUGCUUGUCUUGGCUCUUGUCAUCUACACUGGUUUUGUCAUCAGAGUUCCCCAGAUGGUUGACUGGUUUGGUUGGAUUCGCUGGAUCAACCCCAUCUUCUACGCCUUCGAGAUUCUCAUCGCCAACGAGUUCCACGGUCGCGAGUUCGUCUGCUCCGAGAUUAUCCCCGCAUACACUCCUCUGAUUGGCGACUCUUGGAUCUGCUCGGCUGUCGGCGCUGUCGCUGGCCAGCGCACCGUUAGUGGCGAUGCUUUCAUCGAGACCAACUACCAGUACUACUACUCCCACGUCUGGCGCAACUUUGGCAUCUUGCUGGCUUUCCUCUUCUUCUUCAUGAUCAUCUACUUCGUCGCCACUGAGCUCAACUCCUCCACCACCAGCGCCGCCGAGGUUCUCGUCUUCCAGCGUGGCCGCGUCCCUGCUCAUCUUCAGGAUGGCGUCAACCGCAGCGUCACCAACGAGGAGAUGGCUGUUCCCAAGGACCAGGAGACUGAGGCCAACGUCAACUCAAUCCCGCCCCAGAAGGAUAUUUUCACUUGGAAAGACGUCGUCUACGAUAUUGAGAUUAAGGGUGAACCCCGUCGUCUGCUUGACCACGUCGAUGGCUGGGUGAAGCCCGGAACUCUCACUGCCCUCAUGGGUGUCUCCGGCGCCGGAAAGACGACUCUUCUCGAUGUCUUGGCUCAGCGAACUACCAUGGGUGUCAUCACUGGCGACAUGUUUGUCAACGGCAAGCCUCUUGACGCCAGCUUCCAACGUAAGACUGGCUACGUUCAGCAGCAAGAUCUCCACUUGGCUACCGCCACCGUCCGCGAGAGCUUGCGCUUCAGCGCCAUGCUUCGCCAGCCCAAGACUGUUUCCAAGGAGGAGAAGUUCGCUUUCGUCGAGGAGGUUAUUGACAUGCUCAACAUGCGCGACUUUGCCGACGCCGUCGUUGGUGUUCCCGGCGAGGGCUUGAACGUCGAACAGCGCAAGCUUCUUACCAUCGGUGUCGAAUUGGCAGCUAAGCCUAAGCUUCUUCUCUUCCUUGAUGAGCCUACCAGUGGUCUCGACUCCCAGAGCUCCUGGGCCAUCUGCGCUUUUCUCCGCAAGCUGGCCGAUGCCGGUCAAGCCGUUCUCUGCACCGUUCAUCAGCCCAGCGCCAUCCUCUUCCAGCAAUUUGACCGCCUGCUCUUCCUCGCCCGCGGCGGUAAGACUGUCUACUUUGGUGAUAUCGGCGACAACUCCCGCACCCUUCUCAACUACUUCGAGGGCCACGGCGCUCGCCGAUGCGGUGAUGAGGAGAAUCCCGCUGAGUACAUGCUCGAGAUUGUCAACAACGGUACCAACUCCAGGGGCGAAGACUGGCACAGCGUCUGGAAAUCUAGCAAUGAACGCCACGGCGUCGAGGCCGAGAUCGAGAGAAUCCACCUCGAGAAGCAGCACGAGGAGGUUGCUGGCAGCGAAGAUGCUAGUGCCCACUCUGAGUUUGCCAUGCCCUUCAGCACCCAGCUCAUGGAGGUCACCGGUCGUGUCUUCCAGCAGUACUGGCGCAUGCCCAACUACGUCUUCGCCAAGUUCUUCCUCGGUAUCGCUGCAGGUCUCUUCAUUGGUUUCUCCUUCUGGAAGGCCGAUGGUACCAUGGCCGGCAUGCAAAACGUUGUCUUUGGUGUCUUCAUGGUCAUCACCAUCUUCUCCACCAUCGUGCAGCAGAUCCAGCCUCACUUCGUCACACAGCGUGCCCUCUACGAGGUCCGCGAACGCCCCAGCAAGGCUUACUCUUGGAAGGCAUUCAUGUUCGCCAACAUCAUUGUCGAAAUCCCCUACCAAAUCGUCACCGGUAUCCUCAUCUGGGCUUGCUUCUACUACCCCAUCAUCGGCAUCCAGGGCUCCGUCCGCCAGGUCUUGGUCAUGCUCUACGCCAUCCAGCUCCUGAUCUAUGCGUCCUCCUUCGCCCACAUGACCAUCGCUGCCUUCCCCGAUGCCCAGACCGCCUCAGGUGUGGUUACUCUCUUGGUCCUCAUGAGUUUGACCUUCUGCGGUGUCUUACAGUCCCCGACUGCCCUCCCCGGCUUCUGGAUCUUCAUGUACCGCGUGUCCCCCUUCACCUACUGGGUUGCUGGCAUCGUGGGUACCCAACUGUCCGGCCGACCCGUCACUUGUUCCGCCACCGAGACUUCUGUCUUCAACCCGCCUGCCAACCUGACAUGCGGCGAGUACCUGGCGGAUUACCUAAAGCUCGCCCCCGGCCAGCUCCAGAACCCCGAGGCUACGGAGGCUUGCCGGUACUGCUCUCUCAGCAAUGCCGAUCAGUACCUGGCCGGCAGCAACAUCUUCUAUGAUGAGCGCUGGCGCAACUUCGGUAUCGUCUGGGCUUUCAUUUUCUUCAACAUCUUCAUUGCUGUUAUCUCUUACUAUCUCGUCCGCGUCAAGAAGUGGAACUCCGGCUCGUCCAAGCCCAAGAAGGAGUCCAAGGGAAAGGAGACGGCGGCCCAAUAA